AUGUCGUCCAUGCGGAACUCGAUACAGCGGCGCUCGCACCGCGAGAGAGGCCAGCUCAGAGGCCGUGAGAAACUCGGCCUCCUCGAGAAGCACAAGGAUUACUCCCUACGUGCAAAAGACCACAAAAAGAAACAGACCGUCCUCAAGAGCCUCAAACAAAAAGCUGCCGAGCGAAACGAAGAUGAAUUCUACUUUGGCAUGGUGUCCCGGGGCAAGUUCUCCUCAGGGAAGCUGUCAGCAGGCAAGAAGUGGGACGGCACCAUAGCCGGCGACAGAGGGAACAAGGCCAUGGACAUGGACACGGUCAGACUUCUUAAGACCCAAGACAUUGGCUACCUGCGCACCGUGCGCAAUGUCGUCGCCAAGGAGGUCAGAGAACUCGAGCAAAAGGCUGUCAUCGCCGGGACCUUUGCGGGCGUGCAUGCCGGGGACGAUGACGAGGACGAUGGCGAGGACGACUUUGACAGCGACGACGAUGUCGCACCCAGAAAGGCACAGCCACAAUCAAAACCAAAAAAGAUUGUGUUUGCUGAGACAGAAGAGGAACUCGAGGAAAAGUUGCCCGAGCAGGACAGCGACGACGACGACGUGGAUAUGGACGAUGACGACCUGGAGGGCCCCGACAGCGAGAAGGACCGCGAGGCAAGAAAGAGAGCACAGAACGCAGAGCGGUUACGCACGAAGCUGCGGAACGCGAGGAAGAAACUCAAGGCUCUCACGGACGCGGAGAAUGCGCUCGAGCUGCAGCGGGCGCGGAUGGCCAAGACGGCCACGGUGGCAAGCGUCACGAAGAGGGGCCAGAAGAUCAAGAUUCGGGAACGCAAGAGGUAG